AUGUUGGACAUGUUGAAUGAAACCUUCAACAAAGAAGAAUACAACUUGAAGUCAAUUUCAGUUAUUGAGAAACAAUUAGAACAUAUAGCCGAGAAACUAAAUCAACAAUUUUCAGACAAUCUUUCAGACACUACGUUGGUGAAUGAGGUAACUUUUCCAUGUAGUCAUAAAUUAUUUGAUAACAAAGUGCAUAAACUUACACCACCCGAACUAGAGCUUGUGGUGGAGGAUUAUGUAUCUUUAAAUGAUCAAGAGACUGAAAGUAUUUCUAAAAUUAAAGAAGUUGAAAUUGAAUUAGAUAAGUAUAAUGAAGAUUUCCAUGAGUUGGAAGUGUCCAAAGUUGCAAUAGAUUCUUAA